UUAAUAGAUAGUAUAUUAUUUCAUUAUUAAUCAAUAGCCUAGACUGAAUGUUCUUCUAAUAAAGUCUUUUUUGAUAAAUACAGUGCAGAAUGUAAUUGUGGAAUACGAAAUAAUUACUAACCUAAUCUUUUAUAUAUUUUCUGGAAGAUAACGUGAUAUUUGUGCCAGCCUGCCACCAUGGAAAAUACUUUGAUACAAAAUAAAGUAAAACUCUUGUUUGAAAAGAUCUCCGAUCCAAAAUAUGUUAUGAAUAAUUAUUAUGCUGAUCAUUUCUUUACCAAAAUUAGAUGCGCAGAUCCCGAGGUAUCCUACCUAAGAUCAUGGCCUCUACUACCGGAUCUAAUAAUAGAAGCUCUAAACCAUUCAGGCCAUUAUCACAACACUGUAAAGGUAUUUCUCAUUAGGAUUUUAGGUGUAGUAGCACAAGGGGAAGUGAACUUUGCUAAGAUUUUCCCAAAGAAAGGAGAUGAAAUUGCAAAAGCAUUCAGUGAAAUUAACUCACAUAACAUGGACUCAAGCUUGAGAGUUGCAUACUUAGAAGUAGCACUUGCUUUAGUAAACCACAAUUCUGGUGUAUUCUGGUUGUUAGAAAGUGGAGCUUGGAGGGAAAUACUCAGGCUUUGCAAUGAAAAAAGAACUGUGUUUGUGGUUCGUCAAACUUAUAAAUUUGCUUCAUCAUUUAUCUGGAAAUUAAAUGAUAUAGGUGACGAAGCCAAUGUCAAACUCGUCUUACUAUAUGUUAUCAGUCCAAUGACAGAGAUAGACUUGAUAAGAAUUGACUCGAUGACCAGCGAAGAGGAGGAUUCCCACUGCAAAACAUUUGAACCAAUGCUUCAAAUAUUAUUAGCUGUUGUAAGCAAUGAACAGCAAAUAAAAACAAGUAAUAUUGUAAUAGAAUUCAUGCUUAAAGAUGCCAAAGUGCUAACAUAUUUCUACAUCAUGUUGGAUAGGUUACGUAGGGAAGAUGUCUCUCUGCUCAUUACCAAAUGUCUUUUCUGGAUGUCAAUUGGCAAAAUAUUUCUCUCAAAACCAGUAGUGGCUACUGUUAAAUAUGAUCGCGAUGAUUUUAUAGAACUAGCUGUAACCUACUUCAACACUGUACACCAUUUUAUAAAGCGACGAUGUGCAACAACGAUAUUUGAUUAUUGCAAUGCAUGUAAUUUGAUAUGGGCCCUCGUUUGGAAGAGCAAUAAACCGGUGAUAUGGGAACGUGAUGGUAGAAAAGUGGAAUUACAUAAACAACUUUUAGUUAUUUGUCUAGUCCCUUCACUUGUGUACAUAACCUUAGGUCAGAAUACGAGCGUAACAUCACCUGACAGAGUCAACGAUUAUAUUUUUAAAGUAAUGAAUACUACCUGCGAGCAUACAGCGCGUACAGCUUACGCUUUGAGAGAUCUAAUGCUCCAGUUAGAUACACAAUCAGUAACAUUGCAGAGUGUAAAAAGAUUAACCUGUCUAAAGAAUCAUUUGAAUGAUGACCAAGCUAAUCUGGUCUUUCAAGCUCUUUUCUAUGUUCUUAAAGAAUACGAUCCUCUAGAUGAAAAUGGAGAUAUGAAAGCAGAACCAAGCUACGAUGAUGAUCAAGAGAAGGUGCUUGUAAUGACUUAUGUAUUAGACACAUUGCUGUCCCUUGUCAAGAAUUACAAUAUAAACUGGCAGGAAAGUCUUGAAGUCAUAUGCUUACACACAGUUGUAUAUAAUAUUUUGAAAAGGACCAAUCUUUCCUGCAAGUUUGUAGUAACAGCAUUGAACGUUAUAAGUAUAACAGUGAAGAAAUUCCUUCCACCAAAUCUUUCUCUAUUAAUGGAAUCAAAACCUGGAUCUACAAUGCACGAAUUAGGAAAACUUAUUUACAUAAAGAUGCACGAUUUGAACUGGGAGGUACGUGAUUCUGCGCUUGAGCUGCUUUAUGUUGUCACUGACAUCUCAUUUAUAAAAUUUCCGCCAUUUCAAAAGCAGAUACUAUCAAACAAACUAAUAAACAUGGCAACUACAAUGGCUUUGAACGACCACGAAUUCUACGUGCGGGCUUCUGCUUUACGCUGUAUUGGGGCGGCGAGUAAAAUGAGUCCACUCUGGGAACAAUUGAAAAUAGAUUACCCUAACAUACAGGAACUGCUUCUAACAAUUCUCGCGAACAAUCCGGAAGGCAUCGUUCGCAAAGAAGCAUGCAACGUGCUAUGCGAUGUGUACCAAAACGUUAAAAUGACGCCUAACUUCCGAGCAAUAAUCUACGAUCAUAUGGUGUGCGCCGCACUCAGUGACUUCCACUGGGAGGUUCAAAUAACCGCACUCAAGUUCUGGAAAAUUGUGAUCCAAUCAUUCCUCAAUGACCAAGGGAUGUUAGAUGGCACUUUCCCCCCCGUUACAUUCUCGAGAGAAACACGAAAAAUUGUCACACUGAACGACAAAGAAAUUCAAAGAAGAUUGUCAAGGAUUCUCGACGAACUUUCUUCUAUAGGAUGUCUCACUGUUUUAGUUAAACUUUUGCAUGAAGACACUGAAGUCGAUAUCAUGGAUGCAGCUCUAUCACUCUCAAUGGAAUUACUAGAUACCCUUGAUAAAUACAAAGUUCCAGAAAAUUUGAAGCCUAAUGAAAAUGAUCCCAAAUCAGUAGAUGAAUUAUUAAAACAAAUCAAACUUGAUAACUAUGUUCCUUCUAAUGGGGAUAUUGAUGAAGCAGAGAACUUAGCUAAAUCAGAUAAUGUUAUCGAAGGCAUCUUGAAAGCAGAUGACAUCAAUUUAUUGGCAAGCAUAUAUGAAAGGCAUAUGAGCUUGGACACAGAUGAAACUGAGACUAAAAAUAAGAUUAAACUCCUAAAAUUCGUAACGCCAUAUCUAUUUGUUACAUUCCUUAAAACUAACGAUUUAAAACAGAUUAUAGAACAGAAGAAAAAUUGGAAAGAUGGCAUCAAAAGUCUGUCCUCUUUAUUGGAUGAUGUUUUGGGUAUUUAUGAAGUGAAUGAUGAAGUCAAUGAUUUAGAUUGUUAUUGAGAUUAUUUACGAUAAGCUUGUUACUUAAUUUAAGAUGGGAUAUCUAAUAUUAUAUUAUCAUAAAAUGAUA